ACAGGCUUUGGAGGACAUGAUAAGGGCUGGAGCAGAACAACAGGAAGCCUGCUUGCUUGAACCUUGUUCAUAGCCAGCCCUGAGAGAGAACAAAGUGCUCUUUUCCACUGAUAGGCACCAUGGCUCCUCAGCUGCUUCUCUGUCUGAUCCUCACUUUUCUGUGGAGUUUCCCAAAGGCUGAAAGUAAUGUAUUCUUAAAAAGCAAAGUGGCAAAUAGAUUUUUGCAAAGAACAAAACGAGCUAAUUCACUGUUUGAAGAAUUUAAACCUGGAAACAUUGAAAGGGAAUGCAUUGAAGAGAGAUGUUCAAAAGAAGAAGCCAGGGAGGCAUUUGAAGAUCAAGAAAAAACUGAGAACUUUUGGAAUGUUUAUGUAGAUGGGGAUCAGUGUUUAUCAAACCCCUGUCAUUAUGGUGGGACAUGCAAAGACGGCAUUGGUAGCUAUACCUGUACCUGUUUGGCUGGCUAUCAAGGGAAAAACUGUGAAUAUCUCAUACAUAAGUCCUGCAGAUUGGACAACGGUGACUGUUGGCAGUUCUGCAAACUUGAUCAAAACGAAAUUCAGUGUUCAUGUGUUGAAGGUUACAUUUUGGGAGAUGAUGGACAGUCUUGUGUUGCUGGAGGUGACUUUUCAUGUGGUAGAAAUAUAAAAGCAAGGAACAAGAGGGAAGCAAGUCUGCCUGACUUUCAAGAAGAUUUCUCUGAUGCCUACGAUGUGAUUGACGAAGAUAAUUUUGUUGAAACUCCUACAAAUUUAUCUAGCUUAGUUCCUAGUAUGCAGUCCCACAAUGCAACUUUGCUGAGUAAAUCUGAUAAUUCAGACCGUACUGUCAGAGUUGUUAAUGGAACAGACUGCAAACCGGGUGAAUGUCCAUGGCAGGCACUUCUGAUAAAUGACAAUGAAGAGGGGUUUUGUGGAGGAACAAUUUUGAGUCCCAUAUAUGUGCUUACUGCAGCCCACUGCAUUAACCAAACCAAGAACAUUAAAGUUGUUGUAGGGGAAGUGGACAUAUCGAGAAAAAAAACUGGACGUCUUCUGGCUGUGGAUAAAAUAUACGUGCAUCAAAAAUUUGUUCUGGCCACCUAUGACUAUGAUAUAGCCAUCAUCCAGUUGAAGACCCCGAUCCGGUUCUCUGAAAAUGUGAUUCCUGCCUGCCUUCCCACUGCUGAUUUUGCCAACCAAGUCCUAAUGAAACAAGAUUUAGGCACUGUUAGUGGAUUUGGGCGCACUCAAGAAAGAGGACGGACUUCCAACACACUUAAAAUGGUUAAGCUUCCUUAUGUGGACAGGCACGUCUGCAAGCUUUCCAGCAAUUUCCCAAUUACUGAAAAUAUGUUUUGUGCUGGCUUCCAUACUCUGGCUCAAGAUGCAUGCCAGGGAGACAGUGGGGGCCCCCAUAUCACUGCAUACCGAGAUACCCACUUUGUUACUGGGAUUAUCAGUUGGGGGGAAGGAUGUGCACAGAAAGGCAAAUAUGGUGUUUACACGAAAGUGUCCAAAUUCAUCCCUUGGAUAAAAAGAAUAAUGCGUCAAAAGCUCCCCAGAACAGAGUCAGGCACUGCUCGGCCUUAAAAAUCAUCCAAUGGCAUAUUUCAUGCAGUGAUAAUGCAUUGGGUUAGAACAUUCAGUAUAUUCAUGUGGUUCAGAGCUCUUAUUUUCAGUUGUGUUGCCAUUUUUAAAUGUAACAUUAAAGUAAUGUAACUUUCCUAUUUAUCGAGAGCUUUUUUCUCUGGUAUCAACCCUCUUCUGACAGAUAGAAUGAGUGGGCUAUUUCAUUUCAGCUCUUGUCUCUUGUGUUCCUAUCUUUUACAACCUUUUCUAAAGAUUUAUAAAGGUUUAUAAUUGAUAAUCCUUCAAGUAGAAGCUCAGCAGUGAUAUUUGGUCCCUUUGUAUACAACCUCCAGGUCCCUUGAGACCAUCAGUUGGGUUAAUCAGCUGGGUAAUCAGCUGAAUUGUUUUCCAAUUUAAUUUAUCCCAAACAGAAGCAGAGGCCAAGCCAAGCCUUCAAUAUUGUUGCCUGCCAAUGGAAGAGGGGUUAGGAACAUCAUAAAAUCUUGCUCUCCUAAUCCAACACUUCAUGUCAAAAAUUUCUUAAAGAAAGUGAACAAAAUUCUGUAUUUCCCAAAUGGUUAUUCCACUUGCACGCUCACAUUUUGGGUUAUUUUGGGUAAUCAGAAUUUCCAGUGACAGGAUAUGACUGAAAUGAUCACUAACUGGGUUAUAGGAGCAGAAUCAAAGUGAUAUAUUCAACAUGCUUUUUUAAUUGUGUUAUUGUAUCACAAGCAUUGUGGAGGGUUUUUUUUUUUAUGAAAAUAGGUUUAAUUGAAAAGUUAAAAAGUUUUUCAGAUUGUGAUAUAUAUAUAUAUAUAAAAUAUAUAAAAUUAAAGAUAUUUUGAAAGUUU